AUGAGGGAGCAGCUCCAGGCCAGAGGCCACCACCUUUCUGGGACACCUGGGAGUCUCCCUGAGCAGCAGGAACUGGCACCACCCGGGGACACGAGGGACGGGCAGGCACGAGGCCGGGCAAAGUGCACAGCCAGGUGUGGUGAGAGGCAGCCAUGGAGGGGUAAGUCCUGCCAGCCCCAGCGGGCACAGGGGGUGGGCACACUGGGUGCUGGGGGUCAGGGGGGAGUGGGGACACAGGAACUGGGUGCAGGGUGUGGGGCAGCACCGGCCACACGGCUCUUGCCACUGUGUCCCCUCUGCUUCAGCCCAAGGCUCUGCAGCAUCACAGCCCUGCUGGGCACUGCCCUCCUCCUGCUGGCACCCAGCAGCACCCAGGCUCUGAGCAGCUCUGGGUGGAAGGGCCUGCCCACGGACCGGGAUUUGGACAAGGAAAUCAUCCCGGGUGUGGAUGUGCUGGAGGAGCGUGAGCUCUCCGAAGAGGUGAAACCAGGUAGAAAGGCUGUGUCUAGAAGGGCCUGGCACCCCCCACAAGUCCAGGUAGAGCCAGAGGAGGAUCGAGACCACCUCCACCACCCCCAGGAUGAUGCCAGGAAGGUGGAUGUCCGUGAGCCACCCCGGAUGCUGACCCUGCAGGUGCAGAAUGGCCCAGAGGAGGACCGAGACCAUCUCUACCACAGCUGAGUGCAGAUGUGCCCAGGCUGUGAAAUGAGGGGUGGGAGCCACCCCUGGGGCUCCCUGGGGGGACUCAUCCUUCCCUACCCACCCUUGAGGCCCCCCCAAUAAACCCACUCCCCUCUCCAAUGUCCUGGUGGGCUCCUCGUUGCUGCCAGAAACCUGCUGCUAAGUACAGGGCCCUAAACCUGAGGGAUCCCCCUCCUUGGGAUUGCCCCAAGACUCUGAGCAGGGUGAGGAUGAUGCCCUGAGACGGGUGA